CUCAGCCCUGGCCUCGCCGAGCUCUGUUCUUAGACUCUCACCCGUCCCGCACGUUCCUGGGCGCCUGGCGUUCUGAUUCGCCCGCCCGGGCCCGGCCACCCCCUCCUCAACCGACGGGGCAAAAGCUGCUCCGAGAGGAGAAGGUCAAGUCCUCCGCCCGGGCCGGGCGCGAGCGGAGCCCAGGGAGCGCAGCAUCCGCGCGGCUACCGCGGCGGCGCAGGAGUUACAAAGUCGGCGCGCGAGACUCCGCCGCCACCCGGCAGCCCCGGCGCAGCUCCGGCAGCCGCAGUCGCAGCGCCCCCAGCGUGGCGCCCCCCGGCCGGGCCUGCCGCCCGGGACCCGGGCUGGGGCGCAGAGGGAGCCCGGCGCCCGGCGCCCUCAUGCGCCGCCCCGCCGCCGCGCCACAGCUAUGACCCUGAGCACUGAGAUGUCCGAUGCCUCUGGCCUCGCCGAGGAAACAGACAUCGACGUGGUGGGGGAGGGCGAGGACGAAGAAGACGAGGAAGAGGAGGACGACGACGAGGGCGGCGGUGGCGGGCCCCGGCUGGCUGUCCCCGCGCAGCGGCGGCGGCGGCGCUCGUACGCUGGGGAGGACGAGCUGGAGGACCUGGAGGAGGAGGAGGACGACGAUGACAUCCUGCUGGCCCCGCCUGCUGGGGGCUCCCCGGCGCCCCCGGGCCCGGCCCCGGCGGCGGGGGCAGGAGCCGGUGGGGGCGGCGGCGGCGGCGGCGCGGGCGGCGGCGGCAGCGGCGGCGGCGGGAGCGCGGGUAGCGGCGCCAAGAACCCGCUGGUGAAGCCGCCCUACUCGUAUAUCGCGCUCAUCACUAUGGCCAUCCUGCAGAGCCCCAAGAAGCGGCUGACGUUGAGCGAGAUCUGUGAGUUCAUCAGCGGUCGCUUCCCCUACUACCGGGAGAAGUUCCCCGCCUGGCAGAACAGCAUCCGCCACAACCUCUCGCUCAACGACUGCUUCGUCAAGAUCCCCCGCGAGCCCGGCAACCCGGGCAAGGGCAACUACUGGACGCUGGACCCGGAGUCCGCCGACAUGUUCGACAACGGCAGCUUCCUGCGCCGGAGGAAGCGCUUCAAGCGGCAGCCACUGCUCCCACCCAACGCCGCGGCCGCCGAGUCUCUGCUGCUGCGCGGCGCGGGAGCCGCAGGGGGCGCGGGCGACCCGUCAGCCGCCGCCGCGCUCUUCCCGCCCGCGCCCCCGCCGCCCCCGCAUGCCUACGGCUACGGCCCCUACGGCUGCGGCUACGGCCUGCAGCUGCCGCCUUACGCGCCGCCCUCGGCCCUCUUCGCCGCCGCAGCGGCCGCCGCCGCCGCCGCCGCCUUCCACCCGCACUCGCCCCCGCCGCCCCCGCCACCGCACGGCGCGGCCGCCGAGCUGGCCCGGACCGCCUUCGGCUACCGGCCGCACCCGCUCGGCGCUGCCCUGCCCGGCCCCCUGCCGGCCUCCGCGGCCAAGGCGGGCGGCCCGGGCGCCUCAGCGCUGGCGCGCUCGCCCUUCUCCAUCGAGAGCAUCAUCGGGGGCAGCUUGGGCCCGGCCGCCGCUGCCGCCGCCGCCGCGCAGGCCGCCGCCGCCGCUCAGGCCUCGCCCUCGCCCUCGCCGGUGGCGGCGCCGCCAGCUCCCGGAUCCAGCGGAGGAGGCUGCGCGGCGCAGGCGGCUGUGGGCCCGGCGGCCGCGCUCACCCGAUCCCUCGUGGCCGCUGCGGCCGCCGCCGCCUCCUCAGUCUCCUCGUCCGCCGCCUUGGGGACUCUGCACCAAGGGACUGCCCUGUCCAGUGUCGAGAACUUUACUGCUAGGAUUUCCAAUUGUUAAUAACGCUAUGUUAGCGCGCUCGAGGAAGAAGGGCCAGGAACAGAAUGAAGAUCAGUGCAGCAUCAGUCAAGUAACGACCAACACUAAACAGCAGAAUAGAGCGUCAGGCAGUAGCAAGCGGUUGCCUUACUUCAAAAAGGGAGCCAGACUCAGAGC